UUAUCGAGUCAGUGUCUUCCUCGCAUCCAGAAACGACAGUGCAUUUUAUUUUUUAGUGUUAUGUCAAUAAUAAUAAUAGAAAAUAAUAAUAGUUUCGAUUAAGUGUUUUUAAGUUUUGGUCGUUAUUUUAAAUUGUUUCGAAAUUCGAAAUGUCGUGCAUAAUUCAAAGAUGAGACUUACUUUGUACUUUUGAAACUAAGGACGUUUUUAAAAAUUAAAUUUUAAUAAAAAAAUAUAAUAAAAUUUUAAGAUAAUUUAUUAAACUGUUAAUUAUUUAUAUUUCUUGUACACAAUAAUAAGUAGUUAACAAUGGGGUUUGAAUUUUCCCGAAGACAGUGGUUGACCAUAGUGGUGAUAUCGAUUGCAGACUUUUGCAAUGCAAUUUGUGUUGCUCUACAGGCGCCAUUUUAUCCUCAAGAAGCGGAGAACAAGGGCUGCACAGCAACAGAGUACGGGCUGGUGUUCGGCGUGUUCGAGCUGGUGGUGUUCCUCAUCAGCCCCGUGUACGGAUCGCACCUCAACCGCAUCGGGCCCAAGCUGCUGUUCAACGCGGGCAUCCUCACCACCGGCACCUGCGCCAUACUGUUCGGACUGCUGGACAAGGUGGAAGGUCACAUCCCGUUCAUCACGUUAAGCUUCGUGAUCCGCAUCGUGGAAGCCCUGGGCAACGCCGCCUUCCUGACCGCCUCCUUCGCCAUCAUCGCCAAAGAGUUUCCCAAUAAUGUCGCCACUAUGUUUGCGUCUCUAGAAACUUUCUUCGGUCUGGGCCUGAUCGUGGGGCCUACACUGGGUGGUGCGUUGUACAGUAUUGGAGGCUACACACUACCCUUCGCAGUGCUGGGUUCCGCGCUGUUCUGUGCAGCCAUCAUGAGCUGCCUCGCCCUGCCAAGGAACCACGAUGAUGAAGACGUCCGGCCUACAGGCCGUAAGUAUCGCCCGACCAUGUGCACAUUGUUAAAAGUGCCAGGCGUGCUGCUCGCUGCCAUCAGUAUUAUGUCCACCAGCAUGAGCAUCGGCUUCCUGCAGGCUACCCUCGAACCUCACUUAAGACAGUUCAAAUUCACGCACGUGGUGCUUGGUUUGAUGUUCGUGAUCAACGGCGGCGUGUACGCAGUGUCCGCGCCGGCGUGGGGCUGGCUGUGCGACCAGCCCCACAUCAAGCCCAAAUACGUCACCAUCAUCGGCUGCCUGUUCAUCUCUGGAGGGUUCCUGCUCAUAGGACCCGCUCCCUUCUUUAAUAUACCUACAAUAAUGUGGGUGACAAUCUUGGGGUUGGUACUCCACGGGCUCGGCGUUGGCAGUCAGCUUGUGGCUUCUUUUUCAGAUGCUUUAAACACUGCCAUUGCAAGCGGCCUCCCCAACUCGAUAGAGACGUACGGGCUGGUGUCCGGCAUGUGGACGUCCACGUUUGCGCUGGGAGCCUUCAUCGGCCCUACCGUCUCUGGUCUACUGUUUGACUCCAUCGGCUUCAGGAACUCCACGCUGUUUAUAUUCGUGCUCCACAUCUGUGUGAUGCUAGUAGUACUCCUGUACUUGUGGAGCAGUGAUCGAGAGAAGCUGGACGUGUCGGUGUCAGCCGGGGACCUGCUGCAGCUAGACGGCACCUUGGACGAGAGCGUGCUCAUCGGGGACAAGUACAUCUUGCCGCCACCGCGGGAGAAGAGCCACCGCUGCGGCAUCAGCGUGGAGCAGUCUCGCCCGCCAGCCAUGAACAGUCUGAUCGCGUGCUCCAGCUACAAGAACCGCCGUAGUCCUUGGAGCUCGCGCACACCCCGCUACAGACCCUCGUACGGCAGCCUCGAUAAUCGCUUCAGAGCUUCCAGUGGCGAAUAAAAUGUAAGAUUCCAAUUUUGUAGGCUAGAUUAGAUUAGCAGCAGUGGGCUGGGCAAAGGCCUCCCCUUCAUCUUUUCAUUUUCGCGGUCCUGUGCGUACUCCGUCCAGUCCCUCCGGCAAGCGUCCAAGUCGUCACGUCUGAACUCAUGCAAGUCAAAUUGACAUCUCACCUGAUGACGUAGCAGGCACACACGUAUCGAUAGGUUUAGUGCUGAGUAGGUAUAACUGACUUUUUUUACUAGAAUAUUUCAGAAUGUUCUCUAACAUUUCAGUUACCUAUUUGUUUCAAAUAAUAAUUGUAAUAUACCUCUAGUAUAACUAAUUUUAAGGUAAAGUUCCUGUUUCCUAGAGUAAGACAGAAGUAUGUGUGUGUGUUUUGAUCCCUGAUUUUAUUCUUCACUAUCCCUUCUCCUAAAAAAUAUUUAUGAGCAAUUAUUUUUUGUGUCUUAUGUUCUCCUAUUCUUAUCUUUUCCUGAAGGCGCUCUGUGUAGUGGUCGAUAAUUCACUUUUGUAAUGAAAAUUUUGGUGCAACAAAAAUAAUUAUUAAGUAUUUUUUAGUGCUGUAGUUGUUAUAUAAAAUGUACCUGUAAAUAUAGCAUUUUCAUAAAUAAAA